AUGAGUUUGACAAUGAUAAGAUUUGGAUCUUUGAUUAACAGUUUAAGAACCGUUGCCAGACCAACUUUAAUACCUAUAAAACAUAUAAGUUAUUCAACGAUAAAGUAUAACAAUAAAUUAAUCAAUCAAGUAUACCCCAUUAAUAAGGAAGAAAUCACUGAAAAAGAUGUUGAUGAUUGGUUAUUAGCAUUAAAAAGAUUAAGAGAUGGACAUUCUCCUGAUAAUGAAACUGAAGUUUAUAUCAAAGAAUUAACUGAAACCGAAGACCAUUUGAAACAAGAAUUUAUUCCUAAUGAACAACAAAUUUUGGAACAAGAAAAAUUUUUAACUACUCAAGUACCUAUUGAAACAAUCCCAGUAGUUGAUCAAUUAGUUAAUUUAAUCAUGAGAGAUGGGAAAAAGUCAAAAGCUAGAAGAAUCGUUAGUAGAGCUUUAUAUAUCGUAUAUUUAAGAUUGAGAAAAGAUCCAGUUGUUGUUUUGAAAGACACUUUAGAACAAUUAUCUCCAUUAUUAGCUACCAAGACUGAGAAAACCGGUACCGCUAAGAAUAGAAUUGUUCCUUAUCCUUUAAGCGAAAAGCAAAGAUACAGAUAUGCAUUCCUUUGGAUGUUAGAUAGUGCAUCCAAGAAGAAAUCAUCAGAUUAUUCAGUUAGAUUAGCUGAAGAGAUAAUAAAUAGUUACGAAGGUAAAUCUUCAGGUUAUGAAAAGAGAGCUCAAAUGCAUAAAACUGCAACUGCUCAAAGAGCUUAUGUUAGAUUAUAA